AUGAGACGUGAGGAGGAUGCAGCUCAGAUCAUUCAUCAGGCAUUACCGGGGUCGCAUUAUACAUUCAUGAAAAGCAGCCAGGCUGACAAACAAGUUCUAAUAACCCCAGAAACAGCAGUUCUGGAAAACCCAGAAAAAGCAGUUCUGGAAAUCCCAGAAAAACCAGUUCUGGAAAUCCCAGAAACAGCAGUUCUAGAAAUCCCAGAAAAACCAGUUCUGGAAAUCCCAGAAACAGCAGUUCUAGAAAUCCCAGAAAGACCAGUUCUGGAAAUCCCAGAAACACCAGUUCUGGAAAGCCCAGAAAAAGGAGUUAUGAAAAUCCCAGAAACAACAGUUCUGGAAAUUCCAGAAAGACCAAUUCUGGAAAAACCAGAAACAGCAGUUCUGGAAAUCCCAAGAAACAGCAGUUCUGGAAAGCCCAGAAACAGCAGUUCUGGAAAGCACAGAAACAGCAGUUCUGGAAAUCCCAAAACAGCAGUUCUGGAAAUCCCAGAAGCAACCGAUCUGGAAAUCCAGGAAACAGCAGUUCUAGAAAUCCAAGAAACAUCAGUUCUGGAAAUCCAAGAAACAGCAGUUCUGGAAAUCCCAGAAGCAACAGUUCUGGAAAUCCAGGAAACAGCAGUUCUGGAAAUCCCAGAAACAGCAGUUCUGGAAAUCCCAGAAAAAGCAAUUAUGGAAAUCCCAGAAGCAACAGUUCUGGAAAUCCCAGAAACAGCAGUUCUGGAAAUCCCAGAAACAACAGUUCUUGAAACAGCAAACAAACAUGCAAACCAAACAAUGGAAAUCCCAAACUUUUGGAAAGCCUUACAAGGUACAGCACAGAUUCUAAGAGACAGACAGCGCAGCGCCGCCGCAACAGACACUUUGCCCUCAAUUUCGAUUACAUGCGCCAUUUAA